AUGGCCGUCGGCAUCUUCUCCAACCCCUCUGCACUCGGCGUCAGCCACAGCACAAUCCCCAGCGUGGGUAUCUGCCAGCAAAAUUGUUUCGACGAACUCGUGGUGCGACUCAAGGAUGCCCUUGGUCCAUCAUCGGGAUUGACUUCUGAUGACGUUGAUGUUGACUUCCUUCAACAACUGAUGGAAGGAUACGACGGCUCUGACAAUAUGUGGAAGCCUUAUGCCUUCGGGGAUCGUAGUAGGGGAUAUACCCGCAAUCUCGUCGAUGAAGGUAACGGCAAGAGUAACUUGCUUGUUCUUGUAUGGUCUCCUGGAAAGGGGUCCCCUAUCCACGACCACGGCAACGCCCACUGCUUGAUGAAGAUUCUCAAGGGCAACCUCACCGAGACUCGAUACGCAUUUCCAAACGAGGACGAAGAAGAUAAACCGAUGAAGAUCAUCGGAGAAAGAACAUAUAAAGAAAACUCUGUGGCAUAUAUGGCAGAUGAACUAGGACUGCAUCGUGUAUCCAACAGGGGUAGCGACUUCGCUGUGUCCCUCCACUCAAAAAAGGGAUGUCAUAUCUUUGACGAGAAGACGGGACGGCGAAGCCAUGUACCAGGUUGUCACUACUACUCAGCUUAUGGGCGCCUGCUGAAGGAGUAG